CCGCCGCACAUCUCGGUACUUGUUCACCCGCGCUGCUGGACUAGUUUGUCCGUGAAAGAUCCACCUGAGACUGUACGGUGCCAUUACGAUCAUUUGGCGUCGAAAAAAAGGCCUUCAAGAAACCCCAUUUAUCCAAAAGAUAAGCAUAAAGGAUAGGUGUACGCGUAAGUAAAUGAACGCAACUUCCGAAACAAAUCACGCCUUACCGGCAAUCGCACAUGGCUCACACCAGGUCUUGCUCAUCAACGGCCAAAGCCCCCGGACCGGCUCAUUGUCGCGGCAAAAGGUGAGCGAAGUUGAACUACUAUAUCCUGGCCAGGCUAGUCGAUGUAUCUUGGCUUCUGGCACACUUCAGCGCUGUCGGGUGGGAACAGAGCAUACUGAUUGGGUUUCCAACUCAAGUCGUCUUCAUGAAUUCCGUGCAACAGAGGGUGAAGCUAUCAUGGUUACGCAAGCCUCGUGAUCGAAGAGUCAACGGAGUGGCCUUUGGAGUGCCGUGGCCUAGAGGGAAGCUGCCGCCGGAGGAUACUGAUUUUCGCUGUCUGGACAAUGGCGAAAAGUCCAUACCCCUCCAAAGCUGGGUUACCGCAUAUUGGCCAGAUCAGUCGAUCAAGUGGACGGCUCACGCAAUAUCGGCCCAUGCACCUUUUGACGACGAAUACACGAUCGUCGCUUCUCGAACAAUAGCGAAAGAAUCAUCUCAUUCGGGUCCAUCCUCCCGGACUGGAUCCUCGUCGCCCCAAGGUCCGACAAUCUCCAUUCUAGAUCUGUCUGAUACGGUUGAAGUCGACACUGGGGUUGCCAGAGUCUCGUUCUCAAAGUCUGGAUCUGAUGUGAUUAGACAGAUUUGGCUGCCUGGUCAAGGGGAUCUUGCUGGCAAUGGUCACUUGAUCUUAAAGACCAAGACCAUCUCGCGCGGUCAGGGCGCAGACAGUGAUGUCGUCGAUAACCACGACAACGGAACGGCUCGAAGCCAUACACUAAUCAGCCAAAUCUCAAACAUAGUCAUCGAACAGAAUGGCCCAUACCGAGCAGUCGUCGCUGUGCGCGGCAACCACAAAGACAACUCCACCGACUCGGCCGCACCACUACUACCAUUCAUCCUCCGGUUCUACCUCUACGUUGGUUCACCGACAGUGCGGAUCGUGCACACGCUGGUCUUCGACAUCGAUGCCCACAAAACACUUGUCACAGGGAUCGGGUUGCGCCUCGAAGUGUCCAUGAGCCGUGAAGCACUUUUCAACCGCCACAUCCAGUUCGCAGGAGUUGGAGAAGGAAAAUUCGCCGAAUCUGUUCAAGGCUUGUCAGGACUGAGGAUGAACCCAGGAGAAAAUAUUCUUUCUGCGCAGCGGUCAGGAAAGCACAUCGACAAGAUUGGGGAUCCAGUGUUCGAAAGUAGACUUAGAUGGGUGCCUGCAUGGAAUGACUACACACUCACUCAACUCUCCCCUGAUGGGUUUGAGAUCCGGAAAAGAACGAAGAAAGGCUGCAGCUGGGUGCGUAGUGCCAGUGGAACCCGCGCAGGGGGGCUGGUAUGCAUGGGAACCGCGCAGCGAGGUGUCGUCACGCUGGGGAUGAGAGACUUCUGGGAGAGAUUUCCGACUCAAAUCGAUGUCAGAAACGCAACACAAGACAAAGCCGGAGUGACAUUGUGGCUCUACAGCCCAGAAGGUCGAGCGAUGGACAUGCGCCCCUACCACGACGGCUUAGGCCAGCAAACUUAUGACGACCAGCUUGAUGCUUUGAAGAUCACGUAUGAAGACUGGGAGCAAGGCCACGAUACUCCCUAUGGCGUCGCCCGGACCAACGAGCUGUACUUAUCCGCGACUGAGACAUCUUCACUGGCUUGGGAUGGCCUAGCAUCCAUGGUGGAUGAUAUGCGCAACCCUCCGCUUCUCAUUGCUGAUCGAACGUAUCUCGCCGAGACGGGGGCACUAGGCACAUAUUGGAAACCCCGUCCCGACCCCGGCACUCCAGACACAGAAUUUGAAGCAACAUUGAACCGCAACCUGGACCUCCUAUUCGAUUUUUACAAAGCCGAAGUCGAGCAAAGGCGCUGGUACGGAUUCUGGGACUACGGCGACAUCAUGCACACCUACGACACGACCCGUCACACAUGGCGGUACGACGUUGGAGGCUACGCGUGGGACAACUCCGAACUGUCACCCGACUUGUGGCUGUGGUUGUAUUUCCUACGCACAGGACGUUAUGAUGUCUACAAGAUGGCUUCGGCGUUGACUCGACAUACCGGCGAUGUCGACGUCUAUCACACGGGUCAAUGGAAAGGGCUUGGGACUCGACACGGCGUUCAACAUUGGUCCGACAGCUGUAAACAGCUCCGCAUCUCCAACGCUCUUUACCGUAGGUUCUAUUUCUACAUCUCCGGAGGUGACGAGAGAGUAGGUGACCUGUUGAGCGAGACCUUGGAAGGCGAACAGACUUUGUUGACGCUCAAUCCCUAUCGCAAAGUGCGAGAGGACCUUCAAGACAUUCGAUCUUCCGACACGGCCAUCAUUUCCCUUGGAACAGACUGGUCGGCUCUGGCGGCAUCGUGGCUGAUAGAGUGGGAAAGAAAUGGUCCUCGUUCUGACCUUGCUAGAUCCAAACUCCUCCAAUCGAUCCGUGGCAUUGCUCAGCUCAAAAAUGGUUUCGUCACAGGAACGGUUUUGUACCAUGUUCCUACAGGUACCAUCAAGCCCGUGUUCGAUGAUGGUGUCGGACAAGUCCAGGUCUCUCAUCUGUCGGCAAUGUUUGGACUGGUGGAAGUGUGCUCAGAAUUGAUUUCUCUGUUCCCUGACGAAGGGGGCUUUAGGAGUGUCUGGCUGGAUUACUGUCGCUACUUCAAUGCGGACCCCUCCCAACAGAUCGAACGGUAUGGCGUCGCCUUUGGAGCAACUCAGCUCGGCCAGGGCCAUUCUCGAUUAACGGCGUAUGCGGCUCGUCAGCUCGGCGACCAUGAACUUGCCCGACGAGCAUGGGGGGAAUUCUUGACUUUGGAAGGCUAUGGACAUGAUUCACAUGAUGACCUUCGCUGCCAGUGGCGGACGGAAGUGGUCAAGUCGACUGAGACUUUGAUCCCGGGGACGGUGGAAAUCCCUUGGAUCACGACCAAUUUUUCCGCGCUGUAUGGCUUGGCGGCAAUACAAAAUCUGGCGUGGAUUGGAGGAGAUGCAGAUCCAGAAGGGGAAAAGAGACAAGGCAUCAUCUAGCCUUCGAGUGUAUAUUGCUAAGUAAAUCUUCAAGGAUUUGUUUGUAAUAUUGUGGUAUAUAUAAAGAAAUAGGCGUAUGGUAGCUUCUUGAGAGCAUAGAUUGACAGAGCAUAGAGUUGAC